ACAUCCCGCCUUCCUCUGCCGCCCUGGCGAAAACACAAGUCUCCAUGGAAGAAGAGGCGACGCGCGACGCACGCGGCGAGACCUUCGAUCCGGAUCUGAUUCACGCGAUAUUCAAGCAUGUGUGGAGCAGGCGGGCCGACAGGAGCGGCGGCGGCGACGAGGAAUUCAUCGACAUCGAGCCUGUUCCUGAGACGUCAAGGAGGACCCGGAGUACAACUGCCAACGCAAGUGCACUUCAAGUGAGCUGCGAACUUCUUAGGAUGUUCGUUACAGAGGCUGUUCAGCGUUCGGCCGUCAUCGCUGAAGCGGAGGGGACGACGACAAUCGAGCCCACCCACCUAGAGCGAGUUUUGCCGCAGCUUCUUCUGGACUUCUGAGGUGUGCAUCAGGGAGCUUCCAAACCGGUGCCCUUCUUUGCAGGCCACAUCGGCGGUGGCUUGGCAAUGGCAAAUUCUACAUGCUCUGGCUCAGGAUCAUGUGGUUAAAUUGUUAGUUGACCGGUGUGUUUGUACACAGCUUUUGCCAGUCCCCGGACACAGAUGGAUAACCAAGGCUCCUGGUCCUGAAGCAAUGUAUGUACACUCUUGUGAUGAGAAAUCGAGAAGCUUGCCAGUGUAAACUUUUGCA